AUGGAGUCGUUUCUUGGGAAUUUUACUCUCGAAAACCUGAAUUUUGUCAACACCACCCUGAGUAACACGAGCCUAGAUGGCUACAACUAUGAGCCUCUUACGAACGAUUUCGUCGCGAACAAAUCAGAAUUACAACGACGCUACGAUGCAUACAUAGCAUCUAAAGAGUCAUCUCCCUGGAGCGCGUACAUCUGGCCUGUCUCCAUAUACAUCGUUGGCCUCUCAUGCGUCGCCGCCGCCAUCAACGCUCGAGAAAAGCAUCGAGCACCCUUCGUCUUCGCUUUCAUGGCCAUUGGCUUCGAAAUUCUGCGGCAUGUCGGCGGGAUGAAACUCCACUAUGCGAUGAAAGACACUCUUUUGAAAGCCAUCAUCAUUCAAGUCAUGGGCGCUGUGGUUAUGAUUCUCCGGGAGAAGUUCGUCCUCACUGAAGAGCAGCUGAGGCUCCCCUGGAAAGAGCGCGCUAUUGCAACGUAUAAGAUCUUGUGGAACGGGCGCUUCAUCCAGACCCCUCGCCCAGCUCCCGUUUACCAUCUCAUAAAGGAGAAAGAAGGAAACACAACUCCCAAUAGGAAGAAAAGCACGAAAAACAACUUUGAUACAACGACUGUGAAUUGCGAUGGGAUGACAACCAACUCAACUCUGAAAGAUUCAACUGCACCAACUGAAAUUUGGAGCUUUGCUCGCCAUCAAAUGAUUCAGCUCUGGGCAAGCCACCGCUUCCGCUGGCUUCUCAAGUCCGCAAUCCAUCUCGUCCUCGUCGUAUUCAUCGACGAUUUCAAGAGCGCACUUGUUCUGAGAUAUCUCCGAUUCGGCUACAGCGACGUCACAGAAGAGAAACGCUUCAUCAUACUCCGUCUGAUCCAGGGCAAGGACGUCCCCCUGCGAGAAACAAUCAUACGCUGCUACUUCGCCUUCGAGGGGAUAUGGGGCGCUUACAACUGGUUCACGCGUGUCCACCUCGCCUGCGCUCUCUUCUUCGUCGGCAUCGGUAUCGACGAGCCCGAGGAAUGGCCACCCAUGUUCGGCGACAUCAGGCAGGCGUGGAAUUUGCGCCGCUUCUGGAGCAAGUACUUUGACCGUCUCAUAUAUCGGAGCGUCGCCGGGUGGGCAGAGAUGAUUCUGGAGUUCACCGGCUUCGGACAGCGCCCCUUCCGAGGCAAGAAGCGUUGGGUGCUGAACGGUAUCAUAUUUACCAUCAGCGGCGUGUUUCAUGGCUACACUGACCUGCUGAAUGGUAUGGGCUGCGCCUUUUGGUGGGAAAUUGCGUGGUGGGUUGGGAACUUUGUCGCGAUAUGCGGCGAGACGGCAUUGAUAUCUGCUAUGAGGAACUUAUGCCCUCGGGUCUACUCCGCAUUGAGCGGCAAGAUUGGAAAAACUAUUGGAUUCAUGUGGGUGUGGUGCUGGCUGUGGUGGUCUGCCCCCAUAAACCAGUUUGUCGCUAUCAGAUGCAUGCCUCGGUACUGA